UGCAUCCCUGGUUCCACAAAAAACUGAGCACAAUUCCGAACACAACAAACAUUAAUUAUUAUUGCGUGGCUAAAUAGAGAACGAACGCCAAAAUGAAGAUAAAACUAAUAGAUUCAGUUGUGCGCAGUUUCAAAGUAGCGAAAAUUUUUCGUGAAAACACCGACAAAAUCAACGCCAUCGACUUUGCACCAAACGGCGAGCAUUUGAUAUCCUGCAGUGAAGACGAUCAAAUUGUUAUUUACGAUUGCGAGAAGGGAACGCAGUCGCGAACGGUGAAUUCAAAGAAAUAUGGCGUUGAUCUGAUACACUUUACACACGCGAACAACACGGCAAUACACAGCUCGACAAAAGUGGAUGACACCAUCAGAUAUUUGAGUUUGCAUGACAACAAAUAUUUGCGCUAUUUUCCCGGCCACACGAAAAAGGUAAUCUCGUUGUGUAUUUCACCAGUGGAGGACACGUUUCUAUCGGGUUCGCUGGAUAAGACGUUGCGACUGUGGGACUUGCGUUCUCCCAAUUGCCAGGGAUUAAUGCAUCUCUCUGGGCGACCCAUUGCCGCCUAUGAUCCUGAGGGUUUGAUCUUUGCAGCUGGCGUCAAUUCAGAGAGCAUCAAACUGUAUGAUUUGCGUUCUUUCGACAAGGGACCAUUUGUCACAUUCAAGCUGAAUCAAGAAAAAGAAUGCGAUUGGACAGGCCUAAAGUUCUCGCGUGACGGCAAAACGAUAUUGAUAAGUACAAAUGGUUCCGUCAUACGACUGGUGGAUGCCUUCCACGGCACACCGUUACAAACAUUCACCGGCUAUCCGAAUAACAAGGGCAUUGCCAUCGAAGCCAGCUUUAGUCCGGACUCGCAAUUCAUCUUCUCGGGCAGCACUGAUGGUCGGGUGCAUAUCUGGAAUGCAGACACGGGCAACAAGGUCUCGGUGCUGAACGGCGAUCAUCCUGGACCGGUGCAGUGCGUGCAGUUCAAUCCCAAGUACAUGAUGCUUGCGUCCGCCUGCACUAACAUGGCCUUCUGGCUGCCCACAUCCGAGGAGGGUCUUUAGAUUAAGCUUAUGUUCUUUGUAUAUUUAAGUCAAUUGAUUACAACUAAAGUAACAUUUAAUAUUCAA